AUGGAAGAAGAAGUUGCAGCCCUCGUUAUAGACAAUGGGUCGGGAAUGUGUAAAGCUGGUUUCGCUGGCGAUGAUGCUCCGCGAGCUGUUUUCCCAUCUAUCGUCGGUCGACCUCGUCACCAUGGCAUCAUGAUUGGAAUGGGCCAGAAAGACUCAUACGUUGGAGAUGAAGCACAAUCUAAACGUGGUAUUCUGACUCUUAGAUAUCCCAUCGAACAUGGUGUUGUCACCAACUGGGAUGAUAUGGAGAAAAUAUGGCACCACACAUUCUACAACGAAUUACGUGUUGCUCCAGAGGAACAUCCAGUUCUUCUCACAGAAGCCCCUAUCAACCCCAAGUCGAACAGAGAGAAGAUGACUCAAAUUGUUUUCGAGACUUUCAACGCCCCAGCCUUCUACGUUUCCAUUCAGGCAGUUCUUUCCCUCUACGCAUCAGGUCGUACGACGGGUAUUGUUCUUGACUCUGGAGACGGAGUCACCCAUGUUGUCCCAAUUUACGAAGGUUUCUCUCUUCCACACGCCAUCGCCCGUGUUGACAUGGCUGGUCGUGAUUUAACCGAUUACCUUAUGAAGAUUCUAGCUGAGCGCGGCUAUACUUUUUCCACAACCGCCGAGCGAGAAAUCGUUCGUGAUAUUAAAGAAAAACUUUGUUACGUUGCUCUUGAUUUUGACCAGGAAAUACAGACCGCCAGCCAGUCAUCUAGCUUGGAAAAGUCCUACGAGCUUCCUGACGGCCAAGUCAUAACUAUUGGUAAUGAACGCUUCCGAGCUCCAGAGGCUCUAUUUCAACCGUCUGUCCUCGGUCUCGAAAGCGGUGGUAUUCACGUGACAACUUUCAACUCUAUAAUGAAGUGUGACGUUGAUGUCCGAAAAGAUCUCUAUGGUAACAUUGUCAUGUCUGGUGGUACUACAAUGUACCCUGGUAUCUCGGAUCGGAUGCAGAAAGAGAUUACCGCAUUAGCACCAUCGUCGAUGAAGGUUAAGAUCAUUGCACCUCCUGAAAGAAAAUACUCUGUAUGGAUUGGUGGCUCUAUCCUGGCUUCAUUGUCAACCUUCCAGCAAAUGUGGAUCUCUAAACAAGAAUACGAUGAGUCAGGUCCUUCAAUUGUACACCGAAAAUGUUUCUAG